GCUCCUCGUUGGACCGCCAUUUCCUCUAGUUUGCUCUGUUAGAGAUCUCCCGAUACUCUCCGACCCAGCUCUCCCGCUCCCGCUCUGAUGGGGAGCCUGAACCGGAGCCGCACCCUCUUCUCCACUGCCGGCGGCGGGCCCCACCACCACCUCCUCCCUCUCUUCACGAGGGCCCAUCAGAUCGGCGCCCUCGCCCUCGUCGUCGCCACCUUACUUCUUACCCGCGCCGUCGACCCCCUCUCCUGUCCCCUCCCCUCCCCUCCCCUCUCGGCCGGCUCCGCUGCGUCAAAAUCCAUCAGUUACUUCUCAAGUCAAGAUUCCGGACAUUGAAGAAGCAGGCGGCUGAUUUAUUCUUUGUUCCAGCUUAUGUUAAAUGUGUGCGAAUCAUGGGUGGUUUGAAUGAUAAAGAGAUAAACCAGACCUAUGUGAAGGUUCUAAGCCAAAUGCCAUAUUUCCGCUAUUCAGGUGGCCGUGAUCACAUCUUCGUCUUCCCUAGUGGUUCUGGUGCUCACUUAUUUCGCUCCUGGGAAAAAUUUUUAAAUCGAUCCAUCAUUCUUACUCCAGAGGGUGACCGUACAGAUAAGCGAGAUACGAGUGCUUUUAAUACAUGGAAAGAUAUCAUUAUCCCUGGGAAUGUUGAUGGUGGGAUGACUACAUUUCAUGGGACCACAAUUGUCCAACCAUUACCCCUGUCCAAGAGGAAGUAUCUGGCAAACUUUCUAGGACGUGCCCAGGGAAAGGUUGGUCGUCUUCAAUUGGUGGAGCUAGCUAAGCAAUAUCCUGAUAAGUUGGAAUCUCCAGAGUUGAAGUUCACUGGGCCUGACAAAUUGGGAAGAACUGAGUAUUUCAACCAUUUGAGGAAUGCCAAGUUCUGCCUAGCUCCACGUGGCGAGUCAUCAUGGACGCUUCGCUUCUAUGAAGCUUACUUUGUGGAGUGUGUCCCAGUCAUCUUAUCAGAUCAAAUAGAGCUGCCUUUUCAGAAUGUGAUUGACUACACUCAGAUAUCCAUCAAGUGGCCGUCUACUCGGAUAGGCACUCAACUCCUUGAGUACCUAGAAAGCAUACCAAAUGAAGUGAUUGAGGGUAUGUUAGCUCGCGGCAGACAGGUCAGAUGCCUGUGGGUUUAUGCCCCAGAAACUGAGCCGUGCUCUGCGAUGGUAGGAAUCAUGUGGGAGCUGCAAAGUAAGGUGAGGCAAUUUCACCAGUCUGCAGAAACAUUUUGGCUCCACAACGGGAAAAUUGUUAACAGAGACCUGGCCGAAUUCCAAAAUUGGAGAACGCCAGUACCUUUGCCUUGAUGAGAUAUCAGAGUUGAGAAUGAUUCUGUUGAUGUGAAGUCAUAUUCGUUUCUUUAUGUUAUUUCAUUGGUGUUUAGAAACUUGUACAUAUACAUAGAGCAUUUUUGUAGUUGUAGAUGCACAAUAUUGGGAAAUUGAUUAAUGCGAUUCGUUUGUUUGGGACUAGUUCU